UCCGUCGCUAAUUCUUCCUUCGCUCAUUAUCUUGUAAUAUUUGUUAUUAGGGCUGCUCGUACUAGAGCAGCGGAACUAACCGCCGAUGCAACACAAGCAUCGCUAGACUUGCGCUACAGUAGUUGAAGAACGACAGCAGGAGAAGGGUGGUAUGCAUGCUGGCUUGGCAAACGAUCGCCAAGCAAAACAGCGAGACGGCGGGUCAAUGCCUCAACUCCUGUGCCAAAAGCACCCAACCCUGUGUUUGGUCGGGCGUCUGUUCUCUGUCUAGCGGGUGGCCCUCUUGCGGUCGGUCCGAAUACACUCCUACCUCUUCUGGAUCAAUCUUUCGACCGCUUCCCUCCAUAGUGUAGGAUCUUUUACACUGCAACCUGUCACGAGGGCGUUUUCGCGGCGAUGUUCAUUAACGGCUCAACGGCAACUCGUGCCGAGAAUAGUGGUCUGAUGGUGGGCUGGACAGGAUAAAACUCCCAUUUCGAGCGGGCCAAGAUGCCGUGUGGCGGCGGGGGAGAGGAGAGGCGCCUCGAUUGUGGCUUUUGCAGAAACAAGCCCAACUUGGGCGGGUACAUACAACACCAUUGUAUGGCGAGCGCGCGUGGGCUUAGCCGUUAAAUUUGGGGGCUAGUUGCGUUGCAUCGGAGCAAGCACCGCCUUAUCGCAGAGCCGGUGAUUCUUCCCUUCACUGUUCCAUCUGAACUCAUGGCCUUGCUUAGCUACAUUAGACGGGUGAUUAUACCGUGCUGAUCGACGGUUCCUCGCUAGUACAACUACUCUUUUAACAUCAGUCGACCUUCGAUGAUCAGGCGACUUCGUGAUUACCUUCUUCUUCCAUAUUCAGACUAAGCUCCACUGCCCCUGGCCGAUAGUCCGCUAGCACAGACCAACCAACACCACCUCGCCCCCCAAUAGAGACUAAGUCGAGGGACUUUUGGGAGCAAGGUAUUAUGCUAUUUCUCGCUAUUACCCCCACAAGCGAGUACUUUUGCAACCAGUUUCGGGCCACCGGGGAAUGGUCCCCAAAGGGAGCCGGAUGGUCCUUUUGUAGUAUGUAUGACCGAUGUACAGUACUGUUGCGCCGGGACACCAACCUAGGCGCCCCCCUUACAAAGUGCAGUCGAGCACACUCAAUUGCCUCAAAAAGUCAAGCCAAUCCGGGGCAAACCGGUUUGGGAUAGGUACACGGGAGGAUAGACUGUGAUACGCGGAAUAUAUAAUAGUAUAUAAUACGUAGCUACCCUUGCCCCCCGUCUCGAAUCAGCGAGAACGCGCUGUGUAACUAGAACAAACUUGGUCUUUUCCCCUUUGGCUUCUCCUUGCUGUCGUCUAUCCAAUCCAUCCAUCAUGGAGAAGAAUAACGAGAGCGACACUGUCGCCCCUAGGCUUGAGCCUGAGUGCGAUUCUGACUGCAAAGUGGAACAACAUGUGCCAAACUCCCACGAUGAGGAAAAAACAGUCUCUAAGAAUGAGAAGAAUGACAUCAACGUCGAAGACGACGAGGUCAGCCUCGAUGUGCGCAAAGAGGACCACUUUGGCGAAGUCAUUGUCAUCGACAACGCCAAAGAUCUCGUCACCCACGUUCUGCAUUUAGACGACGACCCGAACGCUUCCCCAUGGACCAUGCGUGCGAUGACUAUUGGCCUCAUGCUCUGCGUCUUCGCUUCCGUCUUGCAACAAAUUUUCUACUUCAAGCCCCAGGUCAUUUACGUGUCGGUUGUCUUCCUCACCGUCAUUGCCUAUAUCCUUGCUAUACCGUUUACUCUGGUGCCACGCCUCGAGGGCAAUGGCAUCUUGGCUCGCGUCUGCCGCUUCCUCAACCCCGCCGAGUUCAACUCCAAGGAGCACGCCUUCAUGGUGAUCAUGGGCUCAGCUGGCUCGACUUCGGCCGUUGCCACGCAGAUUCUUGCUGCGCAGAGACUCUACUACAACCAGGACCCCAACCGUGGCGCGGCCAUCUUCCUUGUUAUUGCCUCUCAGUUCCUCGCGUAUGGUAUUGCUGGUCUGCUGCGCCGUGUCCUGGUCCAUCCGGCCAAGAUGCUUUGGCCCAUCAACAUCCCCGUCAACACGUUGUUGGAAACUCUGCACCGCAACAAGGCUGAGACCAAGCAGCGCCUCAGGUCCUUCUACCGUGUCUUCAGUGUGGCCUUUCUGUGGGAAUUCAUCCCGCUGUGGAUUGCCCCCAUCUUCCAAGGUGUCUCUAUUCCUUGCCUGGCACGACGUGACAGUCUUGUCUUCACCAACUUGUUUGGAGGUGCGCAGAACAAUGAAGGGCUGGGCUUCCUUGGCCUUUGCUUUGACUGGAACUACAUUGCUGGUCUCAAUUCGCCUCUCUGGUACCCGCUGAGCACGCUGGUUAAUGCCUUUACCGGCUACCUCUUCUGCAUUGUCCUGUUCAUGAGCGUUUACUACGGCAAUAUUUGGCGAUCGCAAGAUUUCCCUUUUCUCUCUCAACUCCUCUACACCGAUAAAUCCAACGGCACGCACUUUGACUUUUACAACCUUAGCAGUGUUCUCAACCCUGACAAUACCAUCAACAAUGACCUUGUUGCUGAGCAGGGUGUCCCCUACCUUUCUGGCACCUACGUCGUGUAUCUCAUCUCCACCAACAUGGGUAUUACUGCCGCCAUUAUCCACAUGCUUCUCUGGAACUUUGACGACCUCAAAGAGGGAUGGGCAUUCUUGCGUCCAGCCAAGCUCAAGAAGCUUCUCAACCCAUCUACUUACGUGUUCUGGAAGCGCGACGAAAGCGAGACCGAAGCGAAGCGACUAGCAGUUCUGGCGGACAAGGAGGUGGAUCCUCACUACAGGUUGAUGAUGCAGAAUGGCUACAAGGAGGUUCCCGACUCGUGGUAUGUGAUCGUUUUGCUGCUAUCCUUCAUCAUUGGCAUUGCCACCCUCUACUCUGUACAGUCCACGCUGUCAUGGUGGGCGUUUAUUGUGUCCAAUGUGCUUGCCGCCCUCUUCAUCCUCUUCUUUGGUGCGCAGAUGGGUCUCACCGGCUUUCAGUUCAACCAGCAGCCUGUUAUUCAGAUGUUGGCUGGCUACAUCUUGCCUGGCAGACCUCUAGCCAACAUGUACUUCACCGUCUUUGGAUUCAACGGCAUCCAGCAGGGCCAAUGGCUGCUUCGCGAUCUCAAGCUGGCCCAGCUUGCCCAUCUGACUCCCCGGGCUACCUUUACCGCACAGAUGCUCGGAACCGUCAUUGGCGCCAUCCUGGACUACGUCAUGAUGGUGAGUAUUGUCAACAAUCAGACCGAGGCUCUCUUAUCCAUUGACGGAACCAACAUUUGGUCUGGUCAAAAUGUCCAGGGCUACAACACGCUGGCUAUUGCUUGGUCAAUUGCCAAGGACAUGUUCUCCGUUGGCACCCGCUACCAGUGGGUGACGAUUGCCUAUCUUGUUGGCUUUGCCGCCCCCGUUCCCUUUUGGCUUGCCUGGAAGUUCACUAAGGCCCCUAUUUUCCGCGACAUUAACACCUCCAUUAUCCUCUGGUACUGUGGUGUUCUCUGCGUCGGCGUCAACUCCUCGCUGAUGAUGUUCUUUGGCUUGGGCAUCUUUGCCCAGUUCUUCCUCCGAAAGUACCACCCCGCCCUCUUUGUUAAGUACAACUACCUCAUCUCAGCGGCCAUGGACGGUGGUACCCAGGUAAUGGUUUUUAUCCUCAGCUUCGCUGUCGCUGGCGCUAGCGGCACUCAGCAUCUCUUCCCUACCUAUGCCCUCAACAACGGAGGCACAGCCAACAACAUGAAUAUUGAUUAUUGUAUGUUUAACGAGGCCACUAGUGGCUAAAUGGGUCCUUCGGACUUAUAUGGUGGAAUGUAUUUUUUAAAGACAACCAAAUUAAUCGUCCGUUUUAUCUUGGUUAUCUUCAUGCACUUUAUUCAUAAUUCUUUCUAUAACGUUAUAAGUUAUUGAAGACUUAGUUUAUUAAAUAUAUGGAAAUUAAGUUAAAGAGUAAAGAAACGCUAAGGUAGCUUACUCUAGUCGUAUAAUAUAAGUAGUACUUUUAUGCCUUUGAGACAACGCUCAUUCUCAUCAACUCCGUCG